AUGGCCUUCACUGAGGAUGACCAAUCUGCUCAUAGAUAUUGGGAGUUCAAGAACUCCUGGGGCACGGAUUGGGGGAUGCAGGGCUAUGGUAGACUGCUCCGUGGAAAAGGUGGCAAAGGUGAAUGUGGCAUCCUGAAGCAAGCUUACUAUCCCCUUUUGAAGGACGACCUCGAUCCUGGCGAGCUGUGUGUGUAG